CCAGCGGAUCGAUCGAGCGAGGCGCAGCGCCAGGUUCAUCCUUGAUUUCUUCCGAUCUACGCUUCCUUGACGCUGGCCCUGGGAUGGAAGCCAUGGCGGGCAAGCAUCGCCAAGGAGCGCGCGUGAGUAGACGAUCGAUCGAGAUCAUUGUUUUUUCAUCCUCUCCAGGUCCUCCACAUGCUAAGCAGGGGCCCAUACCUCUGGCCAUGAAAUAUUGGCUGCCACUAUGAAGAUUUGGUUCAUUGUCGGUAUAAGGUAAUGCCAAGCCAGUGAUAAGCCUUACGUUUGCAAGUAAGCCUCCAAAGGCCGAGUCGCUGUCAGCAAACUCAGAACUGGGUUGUCGAGCUUGGCUUGGUGUGCGAGACUAAAAAUUUUGGUGGCAAGUGUGGAGCGAGUCUUCAACACUCCCGGGUUUUAUAUCGUAAACGUGCUCCGGAAAUUGGAGACAUUUCAAAGGGCGUCUUAGUUGGACGUUGGCUGCUAUCAAUCACCCCAAUUUGGAUGCUUGCACAGGCCUAUUGCUACGCUUGGCAACGAGUGCUCAUUUUGUCAACGAGCGCCGUGGGUGAUUCGCAAAGUUCCGUCCGCUCGGAAAAAAGCAAGGACAAUGUUUUUCCGGGAGAGCUUCCAAAGUAAUUAUCCCCUUCUAGUACUGCAUCCCUUUCUACUUGGGCUCCACCGGGAAAAUCCUGCUUGCAGGUUCGAAAGUGUCGCUUUUUCUCUAACUUCGCUCCUGUUGCAGAAGAUUCAAGCUGCAAGAUGCUCUUACCACAUAUCGUGCUCACGACAUUCAAGAGCUCAGGGACAAAGUGCGCAGCAGCGAGCACGAGGGGCAUUGUACUGGGACUGCUCCUCGGCCACCCGUUCCUAAAAUUCGUCAAAAUUGGAACGACGAGGGAAAUCCGGUGCGAAGAUUGCUCCCGCGUACGCUCCACUUACUUUGGGACGUAACAAUCCAAGUCGUCCUCUCAGUGGCUUAAAAUCGUUUUAAGGUGAUACCAUUGCUAUGUUUUAAUUUUUGUUUGUUUUCCAGGCACCAUUUUAGGGUUUUGGGAAUUAUGGCGUUGGCUCCCACUAUCGCUCGAGCAUACAACUUUGGAUCUUCCUGGGAAGAGAAUGCGCCCUUGAGCGACGAGCAACAUGCCGCCAUAGCUGCAUUGGCUCAAGUCGCAUCAGAUCGGCCCUUGCCUUCGCAUCUUACCGGAUCAUCUGGAAAGGAGGAUGCUCCUCACAUCGACGAGCAACUGGGUCAUGCAGCGGCAGAUUUCUACAAGUGGUACUCGGAUCUAGAGUCUGCUAUGAAAUCUGAGACUGAAGAAAAGUAUCGCCAGUAUGUGAACACUCUCACCGGCCAUCUGAACACUUGUGAUGGUAUUCUUGAGCAGCUGGAUGACACCUUGCUUCUUUUCGACGACUUGCAAAUGCAACAUCAAGCUGUGGCCACCAAAACAAAAACUCUUCAUGAUUCUUGUGAUCGGCUGGUUUUGGAGAAAGAUAGGCUUGCUGAAUUCGCAAAUACACUUAAAAGCAAACUCGUCUACUUUGACGAACUGGAAACCAUUGCUACACAGUUCUAUUCAGCAGCCAUGAGCGUAGAUAAUGAGCAGUUCCCUUUGCUACUCAAACGUCUGGACGACUGCAUAAUUUUCAUAAGCAGCAAUCCGCAAUAUGCCGACUCUGGUGUCUAUCUGCUAAAAUUUAAGCAGUUACAGUCAAGGGCAAUAGGAAUGAUGCGCUCUCACGUCCAAUCCGUGAUGAAGAAAACAACAGCGCAGGUAUUUGUGUUUGUAUAUUUUGAGGUUCUUACCGACGAACAGGUGCAAGCUGCCCUCAAAGAGGGGACUGCUUUAUCCGAAGGAAUCGAGACCUCUGUUCUAUAUGUACGCUUUAAGGCAGCAGCAAGUGAGAUGAAGCCUCUCAUGGAAGCGCUUGAAAGCAGAACGAAACUAACGGAGUAUGCGUUAUUCCUUUCGGACUGUCAAACACUUUACUGUGAACAGCGCUUGCUCUUGGUGCAAGGCGUUGUACAACAACGGAUUUCGGAAUACUCUAAAAGAGAAGAAUUACCACCUUUCACUAGAUCGGGUUGCGCAUACCUCAUGCAGGCUUGCCAGUUCGAGCAUCAGCUCUUUGUUCACUUCUUUCCAUCCUCGUCAUCCGAAGCUUCAAAACUUGCUUCUCUUACUGAGCCUUUAUGCACCGUCCUAUAUGAUGCAUUGCGGCCUAAGUUCAUACACGAGACAAGAAUAGAUCUCCUCUGCGAGCUAGUUGAUAUCUUGAAGUUUGAAGUUCUUGAGGAGCAACUUAACCGAAAGGGAGAUCCUGUUGCCGGCCUCAGACCAACAAUAAUGCGAAUCCUAGCUGAUGUUCAAGAAAGGCUUACAUUUAGAGUGCAAACCUACGUGCGAAACGAGGUUGCGAACUACUUGCCACUGGCAGAAGACCUCGACUAUCCUGCAAAACUAGUGAAACAAAGUGAAUCCAGCGCUUCAGAGGAAGGAGCCAUAUCGGAAGGAAUGGACGGGCUUUACCCUCCUCUGGUGAAGACCUUAGCGUGCCUUUCAAAACUUUACCGGUGUCUUGAACCUACAAUAUUUACUGGGCUCGCGCAGGAAGCUGUGGGAACCUGUACAGCGGCAAUUCAGCGUGGCAGCAAACUCGUUGUCAAGAAGUCGUCUGAAAUGGAUGGUCAGCUUUUCUUGAUCAAACAUUUGUUAGUACUGAGAGAGCAGAUCACUCCAUUCGAUAUUGAUUUUGCCGUAACUCACAAGGAGCUUGAUUUUGCACACGUUCUCGACCAUUUACGCCGUAUUCUCAGAGGCCAAGCAUCAGUAUUCGACUUGACAAGUAGAACAAGUUUGGCCCGCACAUUUUCUCCUCGAGUCCUGGAAAAUCAAGUGGAUGCCAAAAAGGAACUUGAAAAGGGCCUCAAGCUUACUUGCGAACAGUUCAUCAUGUCCGUAACGAAACUUACUGUCGAGCCCAUGCUGUCUUUCGUGACUAAGGUCACAGCCGUAAGAGUUUCUGUCUCAGCCAACAGAGCUCUCAAGGAUCAGGCAUUUGCAACGCCUGAAAAGGUUGCGGAAGUGAUUUCUAAGGUGGACUGUUCCCUCAAGGAGGAGCUACCAAAUGUGAUAUCCAAGAUGAACCUUUAUCUGCCAAAUCCAUAUACCCGCUCCAUUCUUUUGAAGCCUAUCAAAUCCAACGUUGUGGAGGCUUACUCUCAGGUGCUUAACAUCGUCGAGGCAGAGUAUAGUCAAGACGAUAUCAAAACUUUCCCUAUCAUCAGCAUUACAGAACUGCAAGCUCACCUCGACUCCCUCGGCUAAUUUCUGAUCAGCUCUAUGAUUUUCACACGAAGUUUAAUGAAAGUGAAAAGCUUUUAUGUCA